CAACUGCUGUGUCGCCGCCGGGCACCACGCUGUGGAUGUGAAACUUUUGACUGUAAUUGGCGCUAUUCUUAGCUGCUCGCCUUUAAACACAUAAUUGGAUUAGCUCCGCGGUUUGACAGCGACAGGUCAGAGCCACCAAUAGCGGUUGGCGUGAGAUCAGCUAAAUUACGCCGAUUUACCUAAUCCGUCUGACGCCCAAAGGUGCGGUGGAUCCCCGGGGCGGUAGGUGCGCUACAGAGAAGCCUGGGAAGGACGAACGACCUCGGCCAAACGAGCGGACUGUAGCCUGCUGCUGCUGCUGCUGCUGCCGUCGGGCUGCUCCCCAACGAUGAUCAUAACACUGCGGGCUCUCUUCGAGCAAGGGAGGACAUUUUUGGAUGCACAGAGAACAGUCAUCGAGGAUUUCACCAUGAACAAAAACAAGAGAGAAAGAGAGUUCUACAGCCUAGAUGUUGGGGAUUCAACGUUCACAGUACUCAAGCGAUACCAGAAUCUCAGACCCAUCGGCUCGGGAGCGCAGGGGAUCGUCUGCUCUGCUUAUGACCAAAUCCUUGAACGAAAUGUCGCCAUCAAGAAGCUGAGUCGGCCGUUUCAAAAUCAGACCCAUGCCAAGAGGGCGUUCAGAGAGCUAGUGCUAAUGAAAUGUGUCAAUCACAAAAAUAUCAUCGGCCUGUUAAAUGUAUUCACGCCACAGAAAUCAUUAGAAGAAUUCCAGGAUGUAUACUUGGUGAUGGAGCUGAUGGAUGCCAACCUGUGCCAGGUCAUUCAGAUGGAGCUGGACCACGAGAGGCUGUCCUAUCUGCUUUAUCAGAUGCUGUGCGGUAUCAAACACCUCCAUGCCGCUGGCAUCAUUCACAGGGACCUCAAGCCCAGCAACAUAGUCGUCAAGUCGGACUGCACGCUGAAGAUUUUGGACUUCGGCUUGGCUCGGACGGCUGCCACGGGCCUCCUGAUGACCCCGUAUGUUGUUACACGCUACUACAGAGCGCCAGAGGUUAUCCUGGGCAUGGGCUACCAAGCCAAUGUGGACAUAUGGUCUGUGGGCUGCAUACUGGCGGAAAUGGUGCGCCAUAAAAUCCUCUUCCCGGGAAGGGACUACAUCGACCAGUGGAACAAGGUGAUCGAGCAGCUAGGCACUCCAUCUCAGGACUUCCUCAUGAAACUGAACCAGUCAGUAAGGACAUAUGUAGAAAACAGGCCGCGCUACGCCGGAUACAGCUUUGAGAAACUCUUUCCAGACGUGCUCUUCCCUGCCGACUCUGACCACAACAAACUGAAAGCGAGCCAAGCCAGAGAUCUCUUAUCCAAGAUGCUCGUGAUCGAUGCCUCCAAGCGCAUCUCCGUAGACGAGGCCCUGCAGCACCCCUACAUUAAUGUGUGGUACGACCCGGCCGAAGUGGAAGCGCCCCCGCCUAAGAUCCUGGAGAAACAGCUGGAUGAGAGGGAGCAUACCGUGGAGGAGUGGAAAGGGCUUAUUUAUAAGGAAGUGAGUGAAUGGGAGGAGUGGAAAAAAAAUGGAGUGAUAAGAGGACAGCCCCCUCCUUUAGGUGCAGCAGUGAUCGACAGCCCCCCUCAGCCCACGUCCUCCUCCUCCUCCUCAGCCAACGACGUCUCGUCCAUGUCCACAGAGCCCACUGACCCGAGCAGUGACCCCACCAUGACCUCUGAAACUGACAGCAGCCUGGACAGCCACGCCUCUCUGGGCGCACUGGCCUGCUGCAGAUAACGCACACAUGCAGUAUACAUACACACACAGACACACACAUACACUUACACACACAAAAAAACCUAUCCCCCAUCAGUGUGUGUGAUGGGAGAGGGGUUAGGCCAAUGGAACUUCUCAUGUUAGUUUGUAGAGCUGCGCUUUUAAUGUACAGUUUGUUUUUAUUUCCCCUUCCUCCCCUACACUGCUGUAAAUGAUUGUGGUUUGAAAUUGUAUCAUUACUACUGUAUUUUUGCUGCAAAGAAUCAAGAGUAUGUUUUGAUGUGAAUCUGUGAUGUGUGUGUUACGAAAGAGAGGGAUUCGAGUGUACUUUACACAUGGCUGUUUUUUUUUUUUUUUCAACCUGCCGCCGAACGGUGGAAUACCGAGCUGUCGGCGCCGCGAUAUCAUGUUUUGAGUAUAUUUUUGAAUUGUUCAUUUGGCAUUUUUGCAUUUUUUUUUUUUUUUUUGGGACAUUUGAAUGAAUCUACACCAGUUUCUCUCUUUAACCGUAGACUACAGCACACGUCAUCUCGGAUCCAGUUGCAAAUGGAUGCUUUUAUUUUGAUAUUGUUCCUCAUCUUUCUUGUAGAAAGCGUCCCUUGGUUUUAUCCAAGUUAACCGAACGAUUAGUACGACGUCACCUCUGAUUGUGUGCAUCUUGGCGAGCAGUCAAGCGGUCUCUAACCCUGACGCUGAGUCUCUUUUUUACUAUAGCGUACUGUUAACUGACUGUAUUUUAACGUGUUUAUUUACUUAGAUGUAAUUCGUAGGUGAUGGUCUGUUGGAUGAGGAAGAACAGGGUGAAUGUAAGAGAACAGAAAUGUGGCAUGGUGAGGAGUUGACACAGGCCACUCCACUGGCUAGAACAAGCUCUGUGCUUGGGGACUGUCACCAGAGACUAAGUCUAAAUGAGUCACUUUACCCUUCUGGCAGGUCCUUUCAGAGGUUACUCACAGCUGUCUGAUGUUUUAAGAUAUUUAAUUUAAGUGCCCUUACUUGGUUCAAUGAUUUUCAGUCCUCUCCGUGGCGGACGCCCCUCUUCUCCUGUGGCGCGUCUUUCUGAGUUCUACCUCACACACACGCACACGCUCCUCAAACACACAGUAUGUACAUCACGGCACACAUCAUUUGAAAGAAAUGUGAAGAAAAGAUCCAGCUUUUUUUUUUUCUGUAUUUGUGUUAUUUAUUUAUUUAUUUAUUUCAAGCUAGGAGGCGUCUAUUGUAUGUAAUGUACAUUUCAUUCAGAAGUUCUAUUUAUAUGCAUUUCGUUUCAUCUUUUUCGUUUGUUUUUUUUUUUCUGUGCAAUAUAAUUCAUAGAUUAGUAUAGUCGGUGGUCGAUCUGUACAUUUUUACUGUAUGUUUGUUUUCUGAGAGUCGGGAAACAGACAUUUGCUACCUGCCAUGAUAACCUUUGGAUGUGAGUGAUGGCUCAAAUUCCCAACCUGUCCCUUUGCCCCUUUUCAUGGUUGGGCACUCCGGGCAGUAACCCCCUAGCAUCAGCUCUCAGAAUGCACUUUGGGGGAUUGUGACGCAUGUCCUGACCCCCUUGUGGGCCACAAUCUCAACUGACUGUUGUGGCUUCCUCUUUUUCUUUUGUGGUUUUCCCUCUUCAUCUCCUCCAAAAAAUAAAAAAAGAUAGAAUAGAGUACGCAUGAGUUUUCUCUGAGCAAUUCUGGUUUUUAGUGCAGGUACCUUGUAGAGGAAAAGAAGGGAAAGCCAUUCAGCACUACUGGGAUGACGCUGACAGCAGAAGUUAACCGGCUGUGGUGUGUUUGGGCAAGGCCAGUCGUGUGAAUUUUAGCCUUUGGAUCUGAAAUUGCCUCACUAACAGACUAAUUAUAUACAUCAGAAACUGGAAACUGUCUACCUUCAACUCCAGCAAAUAAAAGAGUUGAAUUUUAA